CUUAAGAAUAUGGAGGAAGAAAGUUUGGCAGAAAAACUUUACAAAAGUUUAAAAGGAUUGCGGUACCUCAUUGUGAUAGACGAUAUAUGGGAUAUCAAUGUGUGGAAUGAUUUGGAAAGAUAUUUUCCAAAGGAUGGAAUGGGAAGCAGAAUCUUAUUCACUACUCGGAAUAAAGAAGUUGGUUCGAAAGCUUCAUCUCAUAGUAUUAUAAAUGCACUUCCUUUGCUGUCGGAGGCUGAAAGUUGGGAAUUAUUACAAGGGAACGUGUUCAAAGAUGAAAAAUGUCCUCAAGAAUUGCUAGAUAUUGGGAAGCAAAUCGCAAUAAAUUGCCAUGGCCUACCACUUGCAGUUGUCAUAAUAGCUGCAGUUCUUUCAAACAUGGAGAAGAAAGAACGCUUGUGGCAAAAAGUUGAAAGAAAUUUAAGUUCACAUAUAUCAGACAACGAAAACAAGUUCAUGCAGAUAUUGGAACUUAGCUACCAGCAUUUACCAAACCAUUUAAAACCUUGUUUUCUUUACUUUGGAACAAGUGACGAAGAUGAAAAAAUCCCCAUAGAAUUUUUGAUAUCUCUUUGGGUGGCUGAAGGUUUUAUAGAGAAGGAAGAGGAGAAGUGCUUAGAGGAUGUGGCACUAAAAUAUUUGAUGGAACUAAUUGAUAGGAGCUUGAUAAUUGUUCACGAACGAAGAUCUAAUGGAGAAGUCAAACGUUGUAAGAUUCAUGAUCUAUUGCGUGAAAUGUGCUCAAGAAUAGGUGAAAAAAUGAGUUUUUUGAAGUUGGUCAACUAUAAUGAAGAUGAUCCGCCAAUGUUCUUCAGUCAAGUAUUGAUGCAUGAGAAAUUCCAUUGUAUGAAUAUCAACUAUGGGGAACCUCGAUUUCAUUCACUGCCUUUCGGCCUACACGUACGUUCUCUACUAUUUGAUUGUACAAAUCUUGAGGAGCAGUCCACAAUAAUCACAUCCAGCUUCAAAGUUCUUAGGGCCUUCAGUUUUUGUGGAGCCUCAGAGGAUCAUGAUUUUAUAGGAAUCGAACACCUGGUUCACUUGAGGUAUUUGGUAAUUUCAUGUAAUCUGCCUCCAAUGGAAAGCUUCCACAAGCUAGAAUAUCUUUUGGUGUUUACAAAUUCUAAAAUUGAAAUACCUGAGAUCCUUCUUACUAUGCUGAGUUUGAGACAUGUGCAUUUCACGGGUGGUGCAUACUUCAGUGCAUCUUGUCGUCAGCAAGCAAUUAAGGAUGAAUGCUUCCAAAUAAGUAAUAAUCUACAAAGUAUUUCUGUGCUCAGAAUUUUCGAUGAAACAGACGAGAAAAUUUUGAGAUGUUUACGCAAUCUUCGCAGACUGAAAGGUACGGUUGGAUCUUCACUCAAUUAUUCUUUUGACUUCCUUAAGCAGCUCGAAUCGCUGAGGCUUCAAUCAGAAUUGGGAGUUUUAUCUUCCAGUUUGAUUAUUUUGCCCUUCAAUCUCAAAAAACUGACUCUAGUUAAUGUACACAUGUCUCCGAAACAAAUGGAAACAAUUGGGCGACUGGAGUACAUUGAGGUCCUCAAAUUACAAAAUGUAGCCUUUGAAGGAGAACAAUGGGAUGCGAGAGAAGGCGAAUUUCCACAACUGAAAGUUUUGAAACUCUAUUUUGUACAACUUACGGAAUGGAAUGCCUCAGGCGAUAAUUUUCCAACACUUCAACGACUAGUAUUGCGAAAUUGCUACAAUUUGAAGAAUGGAAUCCCUCCCAGUUUCGGAGGUAUUCUAGCGUUACAAAUGAUAGAGGUACAUUGGUGCACAAAAGCUGUUGAAGUAUCUACUAAGCAAAUUCUCGAAGAACAAUUCGACGCUGGAAAUGAAGAGUUCAAAGUCAUAAUCUCUGGCCCGAAAAUUGAAAGAAAAGAACAAGGAGAAUGUGAAAGUGAAAGUGAAGAGAAAGAGGAAAGUGAAGAACAAGAAGAAAGUGAAAAUGAAGUAAUCACUGACGAGUUCGUGGAGCAUUAGCUUUUGCUGGAGACCUUCUGAGACAUUUCACAUGGUAAUAACAGAGACCUUUUCUUUUACUCUUUCCCAUUCUCAUCUUGAUUCUGGUAUUGUCUGUAAUACUAAAAUGACACAUCAAAUAAACUUCUAAUGUAUUUUUGCCUUGUUUUGAAAUUAAGGUUGGCUUUAUUUGAUGA